GCUAAAGAGUUGUAGAAUGGUGACGUCACCUCUGCCCACAGCCGACAUGGAGGAGUGCGGCAUCUGUUACCUAGACUACGGCCAGGAGAGGAGGAAGUGCUCGUUGGCGGCCUGCCGUCACGUGGUUUGCUCGGACUGCCUGGACCGUCUGGCGGCCAGGGCGGGCGAGGUCACGUGCCCCUUCUGCCGCGCGCCCUCUCCGUUGCCCAGCGACGAGGAAGGGGAGGAAAGCGACGUCGCGGUGAAGGGUCCCUUCAAGUGGCUGAAGAGGCUGUGCAAGAAGACGAGGGCGGGGUCUCGCCGCAGAGGAACUCUGGCAAACGAAGACUUGCGAGACUUGGCUCUAAUGAGUUCAUACUUCAUGUGAAGCCUCGGGAAAAGAG